CGCAGGUAUGGACGUUGCAUUGAACAUUACGCUCGGAUUUUGCGCAAUCUGCCACUUUCUCCAUUUUGGGCAGGCAAUCCCGCACCCGGGCAUGACUGUUGUCAGAAUGGCGAGGAUACGCCGUGCAAUCCAGACUGGAGUGUUGCUAGAGGCUGCUGAGCUCGCAUGGUGCAUCGUAGAUUCCAUUUGCCUGACAUUCUCCGCUUCCCCGCCGAGACUUGCCCGAUGAGAUGAAGGUCAUAGACUGAAUGUGUGAUUUGUUCGAAUGUGCUGGAGAUGGAAGUGCGCUGGAAGUUGGGG